GCGGAUUUGACCCUAAAUUUUAAAGGGCAGCUCCUUACAUAGGUAGGUAUUUUAGCCCUGUAAGCAUCUUACCAUAUGCAACUAUUUUGGUACCUACCUACCUAACCCAUAUGGCGACGAUGGGCCCCACUAAGAGGUGGAGAAGCUAUAUAAUCAUCAAUGAGAUGGCGGGGCAAUACCAGAAAAGUGCCUAUAGCUUUAUAAAGGUUACUAUCUUACUUUAUAAUCAAGUUCGGCUAGAGCAAUUGGCUCUUUAUAUAACUCCUGAUAUAUCAAGCCCCGUGAGUCAAGCCCGCAUCCAGAAACUAAAGAGCUCAUCUACGAGCUAUGAAAAUUAGAUAUUCUUCACCUUAACCACUACCUACAUUCUUGAGGUUGGCAGACCAUUCAGUGCGAAUAGCAGUAUAUCUUAAAAUAGGUAGAAAUGGCGACUUCACAGUCAACGCCAGCCACGCUUGGUGCAGAAAGCUUGUUUAACGCCAAAGGCAUUGUCGCAGUUGUUACAGGCGGCGGUACAGGAAUUGGGUUCAUGAUAACUAAAGCUCUAGCCACCAAUGGUGCUUCUAAGGUAUACAUCAUAGGACGACGUCUGCAAGUCCUGCAGCAGGCCGCAGAGCAGAUCGGCACCGGCAAUGUAAUUCCGGUUACCUGCGAUGUGACGUCUAAGGAGUCCUUGCAGUCGGCGACUACUCAAAUCCAGCAGGACGCCGGCUUUAUCAACCUACUAGUCUGCAACUCGGGCAUCGGUGGGCCUUACGGGAACCGGCCCAAGCCCGAAACCACCCUGGAUGAGUUCAUCGAGGCCAAUUUGUCCAUACCCAUCCAGGACUACACUAACACGUUUGCCGUCAAUACCAGCGCCGUAUGGUACACAACCAUAUCAUUUCUGAAGCUCUUAGAAGCCGGCAACCAAAAGGCAAAUGUAGAGCAGAAAAGUCAGGUUGUCGCCGUAAGCAGCAUCGGCGGCUUCAACAAGAUCAACACGGGAGGGUUCGCUUAUGGGCAGAGCAAAGCCGCCUGCAUACAUCUUAUCAAGCAGUUGAGUGUGGCACUACCACAAUGGAAUAUCAGAGCCAACGUCAUAUGCCCCGGCCUCUACCCGAGCGAGAUGUCGGCUCCUAUCAUCGAAAAAGGAGGAAUUGGGAAAGAUAUGGUGCCUCUCGAGCGUGCCGGAGAUGAGAAGGACAUGGCGGGCACUAUCCUCUAUCUCGCCUCCAGGGCAGGCGCCUACUGCAACGGCACCGUUCUUGUGACCGAUGGAGGAAGGUUGACUACGUUCCCCUCGACCUUCUAAGCCUAAGCGAAAAUCGCGGCCAAGAAUGAUAGCCAAGUAUCCUAAGCAGGGGCUUGUUUCCCGCAUAGUUAACCCCCACGCUUUACUUGAGUAGUCAUCAAGCACACUUCCAGCAGGGUCAUGCCAAAUUAGCUAAAGGGAAAACACAUAUAUGUGCCGCUCCUUUUUGAAGAGAGUAGAAGCAGAUAUGAGAUAGGGGAGGAAAGUCCCGGCAAUUGUCGUCGCGUUGGCCCGGUCAUCCGAGCCGAAGACCGGGUUUUUAUAAAACAAUACCCGAGGUCAGUCACCUCAGGCUAGUUAUCGACGAUAGGUAACCGUCCAAUUAUGGUCCUGCAAAUAAU